AGUACUGUGCAACCGGUGACCGCGAUUCACCAGUUUCGGUCGAGCACGCGGCGCGAGCGGUCGUGCCGCCCUCUAUCAGCCAUUCCGCUGAAACUCGCCACUUAUUUCCGAUCCAAAUGUGCUUUUGAAUGAGACUGUACCAAAAUUUAUGAGACAAAAUGUGCAACGCGCUGUGUUUCGCCCUAUUCGCGCUUUCUGUCAACCUCGUUAAAUCAUGGGACAUCGCUGUCACCUCAGGAGACCAACUCGAGUUCUACACAGGCUCCAACAAAACCGGGUCCGAAAGCGGCCGGCUGCGGGACCUCACCGCCCUGGCCUACGAUGCCGUUCACAACAUGCUGCUCUUCGUCGACAAACAGAACGACAACGCCUCCAUCUUCAGCUACAACCUGGCCACCAAGAAAUACCAGCCCCUCGUCCGUAAGGGCCCCACCGAAAACAUCCAGGGCCUCGCUUUCGAUCCAGUGCAGAGCCUUCUUUUCUGGACCGAUUUCCAAAAGAGGAGCAUUUACUGGAUCGAUCUGAAACCGGGAUCCAAAAAUAGCGAUUACGGAAACCUCCUAAUCAACCUAGGUGACCAACUGCCGAGGGCUAUAGCAGUAGACAGUUGUAGAGGCUACAUAUACUGGACCAACACUAACGUUGCAUCCGGCGCAUCCAUUGAACGAGCUCGUUUUGAUGGAUCCGAGAGAAAAACGAUUAUAUCUACAAACAUUCAUCUGCCAACCAGCAUAUUUGUGGACCAACAGACGCAGAGACUUUACUGGGCUGAUGACAAAGAAGGCAUCCACUAUUCGAUCGAGAGCUCCGAUUUGGAUGGUACUCCGGAAAGCAGACAGACUUUGCACAGCGGCACGGAACAUCAGCCGAAUGCGUUAACCGUCUCUAAUGACAGUCUGUAUUGGGUAGACUGGGGCUUUAGGAAAGUGUGGAAAUUGCCAAAGAAUGCUCGGCAGAACGCGGAACCGGAGGACUUGAUUGAUUUCAAGACCACGCCCUUUGGAAUUGUCGCUAACUACUUAAUAUCGGAUCAGGCUGCCGGAAUUCCUGAAUGCAACAAUUUACUUCGUCUGUCGCAGAAUACGUCGGCUAUCGACAACUCGUUUGCCGUGCCACAGGACGCGGGGUUGUUCUGCUUGCAUGGCCGCAAGAUCGAGGGACAGGAUGCGUGUACGUGCUCUCCUGGUUACAUCGGUGAUCGAUGCGAGACCUCCGUUUGUCAGAACUUCUGCCUCAAAGGAGAAUGCACGUUUGACGCUAAUAAUGGGGAACCGACUUGCAGGUGUCAAAAAGGCUUCACAGGAGCGCGUUGCGAGGUGGACAUGUGCGAAGGUUUCUGCCUGAACAACGGCAUCUGUUCUGUGGAGACCAACUCGCCAGUCUGCACGUGCAUCGGAGACCACACCGGGCAUCGAUGCGAAAAGACCGUUGAGGCUCCACGUGUGGUCACUGUUAAUGAGCCUUGCAAUUGCACCAAAGACAAGACAACAAAGCUAUCCGCGUUAGAAGUCAGCGAUGAAUUCGUGACUGUCCCCUGCAAUGACGGCUGGGAUUCCGUACGAGACCCCAUCCUCAUGGUGCUGGGGAUCCUAUGUGGGCUCCUGUGUCUGGUCUGCGCUGUGCUGGUGACGAAGAUCCUGCAUUUGAAGAAGCGGCCGAGAAUAAAGAAGCGCAUUAUAGUGAACAAGAACGUAACGCCGCUGACGGCGCGGCCCGACCAGUGCGAGAUCACUAUUGAAAACUGCUGCAACAUGAAUAUUUGCGAAACUCCGUGCUUCGAACCCAGAAGCACAAUACGGCCAACAUUACUCGACGCAAAACCCGGCAAAGAAGAGAAGAGGAACCUAAUCGCUAAUAUGGAGCAUCCGGACGACUUCUAAAUUUGGUGUGCUUACCUAGGAGGCGGCAGGUUAAACUUUCCAAAAAAGUCAUACUCAUACGGAGAAAAAGAUUAAUAUGGUACUUACGUCCUAUUUCUGAAAGUAAAGACACAGGAGUCGAGUUUUUGGUUGUGAAUUAUGGCAGCGUAUACCGUUCCUAAUAGAUUGUCCUGUGUUUUUAACUUUCUGGAAAAGACACACUUUAGAUACUUAGUAUCCGUAUGACUGACUGUCAGUGUUGAGUUCAGCACAGUUCUACAACAUUUUAUUGAGUGGAAGUCGCUUUAGGAAUAUAAGUCCGUAUUUGACGCAUGAAACUUUCAACCAAAACGAAGGUGGAGAGCUUCAGCGACUGUUUAUAUGCUGUAUCUCCAUCGGUACGCACUAUUCCACUUCCGCACAUAGGGGUACCAUAUGCGACCAAUUACUCCGCCAACUUUUCAACUCUAUGUAAGUAGGUAUUUUUAAGCCAAUAGUGACGGUUAGGGCCAUCCCACACUAGCGUCUCCCGAGCGUCGGCGUAUAGUCAACUCUACGGCCGCUGCUCGACGCAACUGCGCAGCGACGCCAUUUUCCAUAGCGUUUACAAGACGCUGACGCUCAAAAUACGGUGUGGGGUGGUCCUUAAAACCAAUAUGGCGCCUCCUAGGUUUAUUAACUGGAUUAUGUUUUUGGCGGAGUCAAAAAUAUUGUGAUAAGGGAUGCGCUGUUGGAUUAUGUUAAUCUGUGGCCAUCGCAGGGCUGUGUUUUGUGAGAUGAUUAUAAUCGGAGUGAGGAACAGUUGCACAAGGCCCUAAGAGACAUUAAAAGAUGUCUUAUUUAUUUUGCGAAUCUCUCUAAUAAUUGCAAACACUUUAAAUGGAGCUAAAAAAAUACGUCUCAGUGUUGCCACCUAAAGUGUCAUUCUAUGGAACUUGCCAACUAUGUAAACAAAAGUCACUAGUAAAUUCAUCAUUCAGAGACAAUAUCAAUAUGCCGGUUGGUUUACAUAGUUAGCAAGGUCCAUAGAAUGGCACUUUAGGUCUAAUGAUGACGUUAGUUUCGAUGAUUUCCAUCUCUGUUGCUUAUAUGAAUUAAGUUACAGAAUUGGAGAUACCGAAUAGAUUUCCGUUUUUUUGUGACCAAGGCCUGUAUCUGACGUGUUAGAGAGGCCCUACACUAGCGUCUUCCAAGCGUAUGCUUCUAAUCAACGCGAUGGCUGCUAGUUACUUGACACAACGUUGGUGCAAAUGCGCAGCGCCACUAGUUUCCAUAGCGCUGACUAGAUUCCAUAAACGGUCAAAGGACGCUAGUCUGGGGUUUCAUUUAGUGUUGCCAUGUAGCAUUCUAAAAAAUAUUAUUUUGAAAUCAGUGAAACUUAACUAACUAACUAAUAUUCAUGAAUUAUUUUAUUUAUUUGAGUGUUUCCCUUUUAAUUUGCAGAGCCCAGUCUCUUUAGGGCCUUGUGUGUGAACUGUGAGUGGAAAGUAGGUUAGGCCUAUUCGCAGCGUGGGUUCUACUGAAUUUUAUAUUCAGACAUUUGGGCCAUGAAAAAAAUCUCAAGUAAAAACUGUUUUUACUUAUUGGAUCUUUUCAAGGCUCUGUUACAAAGCUAGCAUGUUUAGGCAAAAAUAAUGCAGAGCUAAGCCAUAGUGCCUUUUAAAAAAUAAGAAGCAAGAAUGAAUUACGCCUUACAAGUAAUCUACGGUAAGUUUUUUUACACGAUUUUUUUUUAUUCUUGCCAAAACAUGCUGAGCAGUUUCAUGUGCGUGAUUUGUGAACGUUCCAUUUUCUUUGGUGCCAAAUAUCGAGUAACUUUAUUUUCCUAAUUUGGUUACCACCAACCGA